UUUGGGGUCAUGUUUGGUAUUUUAAGUCCAUGAGACUUCUGGUUGGGGUAUUGCCUUUUUUGACUAAGGAUGGAGUGCAAAAUAUUAUCGGUAAUGAGCCUGGCCGUCGGCCUUGCUUUUUCAUUUCUCUCGUUACACCCUGCUUAUGGAGAUGUAAGCUAUUCUUUUCCGGAGGAGAUGAAACAAGGAUCUGUAAUCGGAAAUAUAGCCAAGGAUCUCGGACUGGAGGUGAACAGAUUUUUCGCUCGUAAGGCACGUAUUGCUACCGACGGGGGCCGUAAAGGUUAUUGUGAUAUUAAUCUGAAUACCGGAGAUUUGGUUGUGGCUGAAAGGAUUGACAGGGAAGUGCUUUGUGGAGAAAAGCCAUCGUGUGCUCUUAAAUUCGAGUUCGUUUUAGAGAAUCCAUUAGAAUUGCAUCUUAUCACAAUUCAAAUCCAGGAUAUAAAUGACAAUGCACCUAUUUUUCAGAAGGAUUCCAUUAACUUGGAUAUCAUAGAAUCUGCUGAAAAAGGAGCUCGUUUUCGCGUGAACGCUGCGCGUGACGCGGAUAUUGGACACAAUGCUGUCCAAAGCUACACACUACAAAGAAAUUCACAUUUUGUAUUUAGUGUUCAAACCAGUACUGCUGGCAGUAAAUACGGUGAGUUAGUUUUAGACAAAAAGCUAGACCGUGAAGAACAGCAAGAUAUAGCAUUGCUUCUCACUGCUUUAGAUGGAGGCACUCCACAGAGAUCCGGUACUGUAGUCAUUCACGUCAAAGUCCUCGAUGCUAACGAUAAUGCCCCUGUGUUUAGCCAGGCGGUCUAUCAAGCCAGUCUGCCUGAAAACUCUCCUUUAAAUACUCUAGUUGUGACAGUGAGUGCUACCGAUGCAGAUGAAGGCGUGAAUGGAGAGGUGGAAUAUGAAUUUGGUCUCAUGUCGGAUAAAGCAAGGGAACUUUUUUCAAUUAAUCGCAAAACUGGGGAUAUUAUAUUAACCGGGAUAUUAGACUAUGAAGAGGAAUCCAAGUAUGACAUGUUUGUAGAGGGGAGAGAUGGCAACGGUCUCUCCACAGACACUAAAGUGAUCAUAGAAAUAACGGACAUAAAUGACAACGCCCCUACGAUACAUGUCCAGUCUCUGACUAGUCACAUACCUGAGAACGCGUCACCAGGUACAGAGGUGGGCAUCAUUAACGUGCAGGAUAGAGACUCUGAGAAUAAUCGACGGGUCCGCUGCUCCAUUCCGGAAAACGUGCCUUUCCUUUUGGUGCCAUCCAUCAAAAACUACUAUUCUCUGAUGACAGUGGUCGAACUGGACCGCGAACUAGUGUCUGAUUACAACAUUACAAUCACUGCCACCGACGAGGGCUCUCCUCCUCUAUCCUCAUUUAAAACGAUUCAAUUAUCUGUAUCUGACGUCAACGACAACCCACCUGUGUUUGAGGAACAAUUCUAUAGCGCAUACCUGACUGAAAAUAACAAACCGGGUUCCUCUGUGUGUUCAGUUACUGCUCGAGACCUAGACUGGAGACAGAACGGCACAGUGAUUUAUUCACUUUUACCAGGUGACGUGAACGGUGUCUCGGUGUCUUCUUUGUUAUCGGUUAACGGAGACACAGGGGUGAUCCACGCUGUGAGGUCGUUUGAUUAUGAACAGUUCAGGAGCUUUAAAGUCCACGUGCAGGCCAGAGACAACGGUUCUCCUCCACUCAGCAGCAACGUCACCGUGAGUGUGUCCAUAACGGAUUUCAAUGACAACUCUCCUCAGAUACUUUACCCCGCCCCGGAAAAGAACUCCUUCAUGACCGAGCUUGUCCCCAAAGGUGCGAACGCGGGCUCUUUGGUUUCCAAGGUGAUAGCCGUGGACGCGGAUUCCGGUCAGAACGCUUGGCUGUCCUAUCAUAUAGUUAAAUCUACUGAUCCGGGACUUUUCACUAUUGGUCUGCACAGCGGAGAGAUCAGGACCCGGCGGGACAUUUCUGAAUCUGACAACAUGAAACAGAACCUUAUCGUAGCAGUGAAAGAUAACGGACAGCCCUCUCUUUCUGCAACAUGUGCCAUGUUUUUACUUAUUUCUGAUAACUUGGCUGAAGUUCCAGAACUGAAAGAUCUAUCUUCUGAUGAGAGUAAUUCCAAACUCACGUUUUAUCUAAUUAUUGCUCUAGUGUCCGUAUCCACCUUUUUCCUCACCUUCAUUAUUGUUAUCGUGGCGGUGAGGUUUUGCUGCAGGAGAAAACCCAGACUUUUGUUUGACGGAGCUGUUGCAAUUCCCAGCGCUUAUCUACCUAGCAAUUACGCAGAAGUAAAUGGCUCAGGAACUCUCCGCAGCACUUACAAUUAUGAUACAUACUUGACGACGGGUUCGCACACAAGUGACUUUAAGUUCGUCAGUUCUUACAACGACAACACCUUUCCCACAGACCAGACCCUGAAGAAAACUCCCACAGAUUUUGCUGAGGAUUUUCAUGCCUCUGAUGAUUCUCCAGAGUUCUACUCGUUGGGUUUGCGCUUUUCCUAG